UGCAAGAACCUCUGUGCUGUGCUGCACAUGCAUGCACAGGAGCAAGAGAGCAGAAACAACACAUUGCUGCACAUCAGCAUCAAUGCACUUGAAUCUGACUAAAAGCCAUCAAAAUGGUCUGACUGGGGAGGCAGCAGAGGCUGAAGACACACCACAGGAGGUCAGCUCACAUUUGAAGACCAACGAAAUAGGCAGAAGGUGAAAAGAGUCGAAAAUAAGUGUAACAGGCCUGAACCGGCAGCCUCAUGGCCACCAACAACACUGCUAGCAUUGCUCAGGCCCGCAAACUGGUGGAGCAGCUCAAGAUGGAGGCCAAUAUCGACAGGAUAAAGGUCUCAAAAGCAGCAGCAGAUCUGACAUCGUACUGCGAAGCCCACGCUAAAGAGGAUCCCCUGCUCUCCCCCGUGCCUGCGUCCGAGAACCCCUUUAGGGAGAAGAAGUUCUUCUGUGCCAUCCUGUAAGCAGCGCUGCCCAGCCAUGGACUCACCUGCUCCCUCUGGGAUACACUCAUGGACAUAAAACUUGUUGAUCUUUUACAAGGGCUGGAGAGAUGCAGUGGAGAACCCUCAAAUUCUCCUGGCUCUCUAUGAGCCCCAAUUAAAGCAACUGAACUAGUGGCCUCGAGAUCCAAAGCUGAGUAUAGUUACAAGAAUCUGUUGAAAUUCAGAAGGGAGUGCAGCAAAAAAACAGGAGUGACUGUCAUUGUAGCAGAUCAGCCAGGAUGUGUUGUGAAAAUAUUCAAGUAUUCAAAGGUUUCCGUGGUUCUGAUGAGAUAUUCAAAUAUUUGUCUUUAUUGAUUUUUAGUGGACUGUGAUCAUUAUUCUGAUCACUGAUCUUAGAGCCCAUUGAUUAUUAAAUUGCUUUCUUAU